ACGACAUAGAGAGUCCGCAGGGAAUACAAGCAGAAGAGGGAAAUGGAGAAAAGAAAAACUGCAGAAUUUCUGGUGUGGGUCGUCACCAUUUUCGCCAUUUUUGUCUCCGUUUCUUGCAUCGAUGAUAAAUGUUCAGCUUGCAAUGCAAUUGCGGAGGAGCUGGAGCUUGGACUUUCAAAAGAGAAACCAAGGAACCAUUUAGAUAUGAGACAUCGUUUGGACUCUAAAGGCCAACGCAGAGGAAAGUUAAUUGAUUACAGAGUCAGCGAGCUGAGAAUAGUUGAACUUUUGGAUGGGCUCUGUGAAAAGAUGCAAGAUUAUACUCUAGAGAAGUUAGAUUCCACUAGACGAGAAUGGAUCAAAGUGGAUGAUUGGAACAACCUGACCAUUGACAAGCAAGAAGCCCGAGCUUAUGCAAAAGACAUAUCCUCUUACUGUGGAAGGUUACUUGAAGAAACAGAAGAUGAGUUUGCCGAGUUGAUAAAGAAAGGAUUUGUUAGAACAGGAGAAGUAAGCAAGGUUUUAUGUCAAGACCUCAGCAAGCACUGCAUUGUGAGGUAAGUGAUUCUCACCCCUUGGAGUAUGUUGAUGAUGAGGAAUCCGAUGGGGAACUCUGAAGGCAUGUUUGAUGAGUUUCCCAAUUUUUUUGCAGCUCAAGAAGAAUUAGAGUUGCAAGCCUGCUCAUUAACCAAGCUCUAAAUUUAUUUCUGAUUCUAUACACACCGAAAUGAAUGUACUAGGUCUCAUUGUUAAAAUUCUUUCUUGAACCCAGAUAAAUCCUGAAUCUGAUCAGUUCCCUUUUUUUAUAUUUCUCAGUUUUGUCAAGUUCCAGAAUGAAUGUACUUGAUGCUUGAAAUAUAAUUAACAAGGCAAGACGAAUCAUGAACA